CUAAUCUUUUUUUUCGUUGGUUUUUGCACUGAAACGCCGAUUUGAUUCUCUGAUUUUCACUACUAACCGAAUUGGAUGAACGAAAGGAAUGACCUAUGCUUAUGUGUUUCCAUUUGCUUCUAUACAUACACUUUUUUGCCUCUUGUUCUGCCGUUUUCCUGCCUCUUGCGCUGUUGUUUCUCUGCAAACCCUUCUCACCAUGAUCUCGGUGUUAGGAGCUUUUUUUUUCUCUGUUGAUUUUCUUCUGAUUCGAGUAUGUGGCAAGGCGAGGCGUUACUUGAUGCUGUUACUUCGAGUUAAAACACUACUUCUAUUUACCACUCACCUGGGUUGCCCUCGAAGCAUACCUCACAGAUGUCACCUUUGUUAUUGGUACAAUCUCAAGAAAGCAUUACUAUUAACAUUUUGUGUUGAUGAAUCCGGUUUUUGAGCCUUGGCAUUCAAACAACCGAUUGAGCGAAACUCAUAUCCAGGUUAUAAAAACUCAAUGCAGAUGUAUAUGCAUUCAUUCGGCUGGGGGGUUCAUGUUCUAAGACGCACCAACAGCUCGGUACAGUCUAAGAAUGUAAG